AUGCCUCCACGACGCGAAGCACGCAUGCCGACUACCCAGGCAGAACUACAAGGGAUCAUCGCUGCCGCUAUUCCGCAAUAUGCUGCCUCUCAAGGAGAAACUAGCGGAAACAUCUCGAACAACAACAACAACAACCCUCCGAAUGGGUGUACUUUCAAGCAAUUCUUAGAUUGCAAGCCGCAAAACUUUGAUGGCACUGGAGGUGCCGUGGCUUUUACCCGUUGGACUGAAAAGACGGAGACGACAAUAAGGAUGAGCAAAUGUGCGCCGGGACAACAAGUUACAUACAUCACUGGGCUUUUUACUGAUGGUGCCCUAUCAUGGUGGAAUCUCCAAGUUCAAACCUUAGGAGAGGCUGCAGCGUACGCCAUGACUUGGGUUGAACUGAAAGAGCUGAUGCGCAAGAAGUGUUUUUCUGGCCACGUCAUAACCGUUCUUACUAAUUAUCAUUUGGGUCAAAUUUUAUCCAAACCGGAUGUUGUUGGCCGGUUGGCAAAGUGGGCCAUUGAAUUAGGUGGACAUAAUAUCCUAUAUAAGCCGCGUCCAGCUAUCAAAGGCCAAGUUCUGGCAGAUUUCGUUAUUGAAGUUUUGGUUGAUAAAAUCCAAGAAUGUAAAACCAUGCAGGAUCCUAUCCCAAUCUUCGACGACAGGGUUUGGAUCUUGCAUACAGAUGGUGCUUCCAAUGAUGACGGCGCAGGAGCUGGCCUUCGCCUAGUCAGUCCCGACAACCACGAACUUACUUACACCAUUCGGUUGGAUUUCAAAAGCACCAACAAUGAAGUUGAGUAUGAAGCAUUUCUUGUGGGUCUUCACCUAGCAAUUAAAAUGGGGGCCAAGAAUUUAGAGGUGCACGUGGAUUCUUUGCUGGUUGCUGGGCAAGUAAGCGGUCACUAUGACGCGAAGGGUGAAACAAUGGCUCUAUAUCUUGAACAGGCGAAAACCUUAAUCGAUAAGUUUCAAACUUUCAAAGUCACUCAUGUUAACUGA